AAAAUUCCCAGUCCUAAUUAUAGAUAAACAUCACAAUCAUUAGGUUUUUAAUUUUUGCAAUGUGACAAUGAAAAUUUUCUGUCAAAAUGUGUUGCGAGCAUGAAAGUUUUCAGCCAUCAAACUUGGUUGACUGUAAACUUGAAUUCGUUUACAGUCUGUAUACCUACCAGACAAUAAAUUCUAUGUAUGCCAAAAGUUUUUCUUUCAAGAACUUCAGUUAUGUUGAGUUCACUAGCUUGUAGCUGUUUGCUUAACAAAUUGAAAUAUUUCCUUCUUUUGUAAUAAUGAAUGUUGUAUCAAAUUAGAUGUAAUCCUGAUUUCAUUUCGCUGAACAGUUGACGUUUUGUUUAUCUGUCCAUAACACACAGACUGCACAGAUGCAUAAAGUAUUGGUAAUAUUAUUUUAUAUUUGAAUCACUAUUCUAGGUAAUCAUAGUUAAAAAAAAAUGAAUUCAAAAAAGCUGAUUGCACUUGUAUUACUCGUCAUACAGACAACAACUCUCGUUUUGACGUUACGUUACUCCAGAACCAGACCUGUCGAAGGGCCACGAUUUCUUAACAGUACUGUUGUGGUUAUAGCAGAGGUGGUGAAACUAUUAUGCUGUAUUUUGAUGAUUUUGAAAUCAAAAGGAUAUUCAUUACGAUUUACCGUGGAUGAAAUAUUAAGAGAAGUCAUCGGUCGACCAAUUGAAACUUUUAAAAUUGCCAUACCUUCUGGUAUGUAUGCUAUACAGAAUAACUUAUUAUUUAUAGCGUUAUCGUAUCUGGACGCUCCAACAUAUCAAGUGACAUAUCAACUGAAGAUUUUAAGCAGUGCAAUAUUUUCUGUUCUUUUGCUUGGUCGAAGUUUAAACAGAUUGAAAUGGAUUUCUUUGGUUUUGUUGAUGGGGGGAGUGGCUUUAGUUCAAAUCCCACCUGAAAAUUCCGAAGAAAAAGAUCCUGCCUAUCGUUGGUAUGGUUUGUUUGCAAUUUUUUGUUCGUGUAUCAGUAGCGGUUUCGCUGGUGUUUACUUCGAAAAACUUUUGAAGCGUUCGAAUCAAAGUUUAUGGAUAAGAAACGUGCAAAUGGCGUUAUUUGGCACCAUUUUUGGUGGACUUACAGCGUAUUUUACUAAUUAUGAAGAGAUUAGAAAAGAUGGAAUUUUUCAAGGAUACGAUCAUUUAACAUGGUUCGUUGUAAUAUUACAUGCUGUUGGCGGUCUCCUUGUCUCUAAUGUUAUCAAAUAUGCAGACAAUAUUGUUAAAAGUUUUGCUGCUUCACUUUCUAUCGUUAUAUCAAGUGCAGUUUCGUAUUUUAUGUUUAAUGAAUUUCAUCCAGGUCCAUUUUUUACUAUAGGUACAGCAGUCGUUUUAUUUUCUACUGUUCUGUAUAGCAAAUAGAUGCAAUAAUGUUAAUAUAUAUAUUUGUGUGUUUUGAAAUAGGUUCUGGGUAUUGUAGAGGGUGACUAUAUCAUAUAUUAUCAGAAGGUGCUAUGGGGUAUAUUUUUGUGGAAUAUGGUCUUGUAAAGCAGGUCGCAGGAGUGUGCAAUCUUUUUUAAUACAGAAAGGCCAGAUGCAAAUAACUGGGUGAAACCACGGGCCGCACCUUUUUUAACAGAGGCGUUCUGAUAGUUGCAGGCACAAACAUUUUUUCAUUUCUGUUAUUGAUCCUAUGCAUUGCAGAAAUGAUGAGUUAAUUAAGAUGCAUAAAUUUCUAAAAAAAAACUGUUAAACUGAAUCAAAAACUUGUUUCGCAGGCCGUACACGAUUUAAAAUUGGCACUUCUGUGAGGCCGCAGAAAUUUUUCAUUGUGGGCCGUAUGUUGCACACCCCUGUUGCAAAGAAUAAAAUGUUUGAUGUUGUUGGUAGUGACAGUCAUAAUUCUAUUCGACUAAAUCUGUGUUGUUUAGUUUACUUGCAAUUACAUCAUGCCAUUGUAUUUUUAUUGCUGUAAAAGUGUUAGUUGUGUCAGCAGGGUUUUUGCUCCAUGCAGAUAAAUUGAAGUCAAUCAUCAUAACCUAACCAUAACAUAACUGGCUAACACAUGCAAAAGCAUGUCCAAGUUACAACUAGUUCUGAGAUUGAAUCAGCUAAUUUAAUUUCCCAUCUUUUUUACACAAAAAAAAGCAAUCAUGCUACUGAUGUUGUUCGAAAACUUUUCUCCGUCCUUUUCCAAAAUUAUCCUUGUUCAAGUAUUCAGAUAUUCAAGAUCGUUUUUUAACAUUUUUCAACCGGUUAUUCGUCCUUCAAAUCAUAUUAUUUGAUUUGUAUCAUUUUAAUUUACUGCAAUAUAUUAGGCAUAAAGCCAUAAUAUAAAUCAUAGCUAUUUCAAUUAAAUAGUUUAAUUUGUAAUAUU